AUGGAAAAUGUUUUGGGUGUUUGUGGCAUGUCUCAAAAAAAAAAAAGGUCGAUCUUCGGAGUUGAAUUCAAUGAUUUAAUACUCUUCCAACAGCUGAAUUCGCAGAAGGGUAAAAAAACAAGGAGAGAAAAAUCAAAAAGCCCUUUUGGUGAUACUGUCAGUCGUUUUCAUCAGCAGAAGAAGAUGAUACCUAAUGGAAAUGGAAACGGAAACACCGUUCUAAAUCAUCAUCAUCAUCAUCACCAUCAUCAGAUGAAGGUAAACGGUGUCGAUCAUCAUGAUCAUGAGGAAGAGGGUUUUAAGAAAGAAAUGAGGGAUUUGGCUGAAAUGUUGUCGAAAUUGAAUCCCAUGGCUGAAGAAUUCGUCCCCCCUUCACUCACCAACAACAAUUACACCGGAGCUCUAAUUCUUCCCCCAUCUGGUGCUACUGCUGCUCACUUCGGUUAUUCUGUCGUCAACGAUUUCCUCCUUCAAACUAACCAAACCCCUUUUCCCAACAUCAAUGGCGUUUCCACUAGAAGGAAGAAGGGUAACUUUACUCAUGGGAAACGAAGGAUGAAUAACAGAACCACCAUGGCACAACGAGAAGAUGUGAUUAGGAGAACUGUUCAUGUCUCUGACAUCGAUCAACAGGUAACUGAAGAACAACUUGCUGCUCUCUUUAUCACUUGUGGACAGGUUGUGGAUUGUCGUAUAUGUGGAGACCCUAAUUCUGUUCUUCGUUUCGCCUUUAUUGAGUUUACUAAUGAAGAAGGAGCAAGAAAUGCAUUGAAUCUUGCUGGAACUAUGCUUGGGUAUUACCCAGUUAGGGUUCUUCCUUCAAAAACUGCAAUUGCACCAGUGAAUCCCACUUUUUUACCUCGAUCUGAAGAUGAAAGGGAAAUGUGUGCUAGAACUAUCUAUUGUACUAACAUUGACAAGAAGGUUACUCAGGCAGAUGUUAAGCUCUUUUUCGAGUCAUUUUGUGGAGAGGUUUAUCGUUUGAGGUUGCUAGGAGACUAUCAUCAUUCAACUCGUAUCGCAUUUGUGGAGUUUGUUAUGGCAGAAAGUGCAAUUACAGCGCUCAACUGUAGUGGUGCAGUAUUGGGAUCACUGCCCAUAAGGGUGAGUCCUUCAAAGACUCCAGUUCGCCCACGUGCACCUCGCCCUACCAUGCACUAAAUAGUAAUUUCACAAAAUAUCUAAAAAUAUACGCGACAAGUGAACUUGGAGAUGAAAGUGUUAUAUGUUUCUUCUUCUUUUUAUGGUGUUUGUUUAAUGCAUUCGAGGUUCAAGUUACCUAUUUGAAAUGUAGAUUUAGAAAAAGUUUGAGACUAUUUUAUUUUCAGAUGUUUUUGGUAUGAAAUUGCUGUUUUUAACAAGUUAAAUUUGCUUGCUUUUUAUUAUUUCUGUGUUUCUUGGAUCACGUGGGACAAAAAUGGACACCCUUGGUUUUUUAAUUAAGUUUACAAAAAAGGAAACCAAUAGGGUAAACACAAAAUGACCAAAACGAAAAUUACAAUAUGUUCGUAAAUUUGAUAUGUUGUUUUGAUUCUUGACCCAGAAAUUUACAUACAAAAAUGUAAAUUUCUUAUAUUUGAUACGAUUGAUUUAGAUAUUGACAACCCAACUUGAUAACCAAAAAAUUUCGACCC